CGUAUUCCAAAAUCACUAUAUACUGUAAGGUGUAGUUUCAGAAUAAAUUCACUUCCUUUUCCUGUGUGGGUUUUCACCAUUAAACAUGAGUGAAGGGACAGCAACCAUACGCACACGCAAAUUUAUGACCAAUCGUCUGCUGUGCCGGAAGCAGAUGGUUGUUGACGUCCUGCAUCCUGGCAAGGCCACACUCCAAAAAACCGAAAUUCGGGAGAAAUUGGCUCGUAUGUACAAGACAACCCCAGAUCUCAUAUUCUGUUUUGGUUUCCGCACACAGUUUGGUGGUGGCAAAUCAACUGGCUUUGCCCUGGUGUAUGACACCCUCGACUAUGCCAAGAAGUUUGAGCCAAAAUUCAGGCUUGCAAGGCAAGGGCUGUAUGAGAAGCCAGUGCGACCAGGCAGAAAACAGAGGAAAGAAAAGAAGAACAGAGUGAAGAAAGUUCGAGGCACAAAGAAAGCUUCUGUUGGUAAUCCCAAGAAAGCUGCGGCUUAAAGUUAUUGGCAGAGCGGGAAGAUGGACACUUGGGCUGUUUUACUGUACAUAUUUAUGUGCUAAUAAAGAAAGAAAAAACUCAA